GGCGAGCGGGGCUGUGAAGAAUAAACGAGAGAGAGAGAGAGAAGAAUAGAGUAGAGCUGUGUUAUACUGCUUUCCCUAGCUGUAUUGAUUUGGAUGCCAGAGACUGCGAUAGAGAGAGAGAGAGAGAAGUGUAGCCACUUUUUCAGAUGGUCUCUCCUACCUGACACAAACAUACUGCGGUUACAGGAAAGAGAACUGGACAGUGUCUAUCUGCGAAAGAGUGAAUUAAACAAGAGAAGAACUGCAGAUGCCCAACUCUGCUUGGAAGAAGACUGUGUGUGAGAGGCAGAGGCAAGCAGCAAGAAAUGAUGUGAGGGAUAAAAAAGACAGACGCAGACCCUUGUGUUUGGACCGGUGGGACCUGGAUUGCAGAAAGCAAAUUCUGCAGGAUUCUUUGCUGAUUUUAACCCACGCCACUGUUUUCUGAACGGAUUUGAUGCAGUUUAUGAAGUACAGAAGAAGACAGAAAAUGUGUUUUGGUUGCUGAAUAAUAUAUCACAUGAUUUAUUUAUGUGCUAUGAAAUAGUGGUGUGUUUUGAUUGGUCUUGCAGACCGAAUCUGCCUUUGGAUUUGUUUUGUACACAAAACGAAAGGUAAAAACUGGAAACUAAUGGAAAAGACAAGAGACUAACAUCAGAGAAGGUAGAAGGGGAGGAGACGGCUCGUGACAAAAUGAAUGGAAGAAUUUUCUACUUACAGUAUGGUGGCCAUAGAAAUGGAAAUCCCACUUUUCUAUUAGAAGAACCAGUCACCUUUUUUUAUAGAGGCUUUGGCUGCUUAUUUACUCUUAAACAUGCAUUAGCUGGACAAGCCUGAAAAAUACAGUUGUAGUGCUAUUUUGAGUUAAAUAUUUUUUUUUUUUUCAUUUUAAUUAUAUUUUGUCAUUUUAACAAAAAAAUUAGUAUUUCAAGUUGAUAUGUGGUUUAAUGUUCGAAGGGCAUUACCAUUUACCAAGAUGACCAUCAAUUAAACCAGAGUGACAAUCGCACUCAAGACUAUUUUGUAACUAAAUUCAGUUUAGUAAUGAUAUUUUCAGUCGUUUUUGUUUGUGGGUGGCGAGAAUGAAGCUCUUCACGCUUUGUUCUGCACUGGCCCCGCCCCCCAUCACACCCUCUAUUCACGCCUUGGCCGCACCCCCUUCUGAUCAUGCAAGUGCUGCAGAUUGUUAAGGAGCUGGUGUCGCCCUCUCGCCGCCGUGCCAGUAGCCGAUUUGCAGCGUCUGAUUCAGAGCAGGAUGCUGCAGUGAAGUUGGAACAGGAGCGAGCUGAGAUACUCGCCAAAUAUGACAAGGGUAAAGAAAGUGCGGAGGUGGAGCCGUGGGAGGAGGCCAAUUUUGAUCUGUAUAAAGCGGUGGACCGCUUCGGAUUCCUGCAUGAGGAUGAGCUUCCAGUGUAUGACGUAGUGGAGGAAAAGCAAAAACAUUUGGAAGUGGAAAGAACGACGAAAUGGCUGAAGAUGUUGAAAAGCUGGGAGAAAUACAAGAACAGUGACAAGCUGGUGAGGAGGAUCUAUAAGGGAAUUCCGCUGCAGCUCAGAGGUCAGGUUUGGUGUUUGCUGCUCGACGUCCCCAAAAUCAAGGAGGAGAAAAAGGACUUCUAUGAGAAACUGAAGAUCAGAGCCAGGGGUUUGUCUCCAGAUGUCCGUCAGAUUGAUCUGGAUGUGAAUCGUACAUACAGAGAUCACAUCAUGUUCAUGCACCGCUAUGAUGUCAAACAGCAGGAUCUAUUUCAUGUGCUCACUGCAUAUUCUGUAUAUAACACGGAGGUGGGCUAUUGUCAGGGCAUGAGCCAGAUCACUGCUCUGUUACUCAUCUAUAUGAAUGAGGAAGAUGCUUUCUGGGCACUGGUCAAACUGCUGUCUGGACAGAAACACUCCAUGCAUGGUUUCUUUGUACCAGGGUUCCCUAAACUCAUGCGCUUCCAGGAGCAUCAUGACCGUAUCCUGCAGAAGAUGAUGCCUAAGCUCAAACAACAUUUAGAUAAUCAAGAGGUGUACACCAGCCUGUACACUAUGAAAUGGUUUUUUCAGUGUUUCUUGGAUCGGACUCCAUUCACGCUUACGCUGAGAAUAUGGGACAUCUAUAUUCUGGAAGGAGAGCGAGUUCUGACUGCAAUGUCCUACACCAUCCUUAAACUCCACAAAAAAACCCUCUUGAAGUUGUCCAUGGAGGAGCUUGUGAAGUUUCUGCAGGUGACUCUGUCAAAGGAUUUCUUUUUUGAGGAUGACUUUGUGAUAGAGCAGCUUCAACACUCCAUGUCUGAGCUCAGGCGAUCUAAACUGGAGCUGCCACCUCCAGGUAAGGAGGAUGAGUUUCCUAAGAAACCAUUAGGUCAACUUCCUCCUGAGCCUCCAGGAUUGGCGAAUCAUGUGGCUAACGGGCAGCCGGUCGGGAAGAGAGUCGAGGGCCUUCCCCCUCAUGGUUCGAGCCCUGCCGCAAGCGUCAGUAAACAAGCAGAGUCUGGUCCCGUCACUGACGGAACACCAGAGAGGUACCAAGAAAGUCGGCCACCCAGCUCCCUGGACAAGGUACCUCAUCCAGACAAACGCGAGAGGGAUGGACGGGGUGUGGACACUCAAAGGGAACGGGUCCCAACUGUGCUGACCCAGAACCAGGUGAAUCACAACUCCAAUGCUAGAUCCAGCAUGCGCAGGGACAUUGCACCUCGUUGGGUCAAGCCUUCGGAGGGCAAACUGGAGGCAGUCAAGGCUGCAGCACUUCGGGAAAGCCAGUUGAGUCUAACUAUGGGUGUUCCACCCUCGCCCAGCUCCCCAACUCCAGAGGAGGCCACCGGGGCACAGCACCGACCCCGUUCACGAGCAUUUGUUCCAGGCUCCAACCGCACCUCCAACGCCUCGCAAUACGACAAUGUCCCAGGACCAGACGGAGAGGUUAUAGAGAUUAUAGAGCUCGAGAAGCCGCCCUCUCGCCCCCCCUCCCGACCAUAUGUCGGACCUUCUUUGAGACAGGGCAGUCCCACCCGUCCCCCUAGUGAUGGAACUGGCGUCUCUCCCUUUAGAAUGCCCAAACAGAGCAAACCAGAACCCCGUGCACCUUUGCACUACCCACCUGGCAUGACUCCUGUCUACACUUCCUACGUUUCAGAUUCUCGGUCCGAGGACAGACUAUACGGCCCACCAUACGCUGAGCAAAUUUACGCAACUACGGGACGUGGCUCAUCUAACCCUUCGCCGGAGAAAACGCUGAUGAACAACAGCUACUUAACCUACCGAAGGCCACCCCCAAACAUGCCCCCUCUCAGGGUUGCUCCUGCUGAGCUUUCGUCCCAGAUAGACAGUGUUGGCGAGGGAGGGUAUUACAUGCGACAACCCACUCGUCUGAUGGGCUCUCCAGCUUACACGCCCACAGAACUGCGUUAUGAGGCGCACCGACGGAGAGAGGGCUGGUAUGGGGACAUGGAGGCGGGGCCUCCGCGAUCUCCUGUGGGACUACCUCGAUCUCCCAGCUUCCAGAAAGCUCAGCUCUCUCCCAUUCACCCCGUUCAGGAGUUUAACUUCGCCCCUGCAAAUAUCUCGGACACUGCGCUCCAUUUCAGAGGACCCUACCAAGAGCACUCCAGCAGACAACAUCUCCCCCCGCUGUUCGGAGGAACACACUACAGGCAGGCGCAGGAGGCCUUUGCAAUGCAGGAGUCCAUGCUGCUCUAAGAGGGACUGAGAUAGAGGGAUACACUGUAUGAGUAAUGGCUAGCAAGAAGUUUUGUGUUGGUUUAAUGUUUUUGCGUUCUUGUUUGUUUGUUUGUUUGUUUGUUCGUUUGUCUGGCAAGUCUUACCACACAAGAGUUGUUAGUUUCAGGCAUUUGUACUGAUCAAAGACUGACUGAAGAAUUUACUGUUGCUUUUGUUUGUACAUUUUUGUCCGUAAAAUAACCAUUAACUGCCGAUGUGAGUAAUAUAACAAAGCUUAAAUGUGCAAGGAGGGAUUUUUUUUUUUUUUUUUGGUUAGCACACUGAGAUAUUUAAAUAGAGGGUUAUGGAGAGUCUUUUUCAUAUGGACAAACUCAGUUACUGAUCAAUUAUCAUCUAUUUUUUUAAUGCGUUUCAGACAUAAGCAUACUUUAGAGGACACUUUAUUCCUUGAUUGUGAAUAUAUUUUUUAAGAACAAAGAUUUGUGUAGGUUAGCUAUGUAUAUUACAAACAACUAACAGUGAAUGUAAUCACUGUUGGACAGAACAUUUCAAUGCGUCACUACAGUGUUCAAGUGAAAGUAAAAACCUUGUUUGUAAGACUUGUUUUUUGAGGUUAUAUAUAAAAUGCAGAUAUUUAAUCUUAAGUUGAAAGGGAAUUUUAGGGGGUAUGUGCGUUCUCAAAAUAUUUUGCACUGACCAGCAAGUAGAUCUCAUAUUUUCAGUUCAUCAAGGUAACAGAUUAAUAACUGAUAAGACCAACUGAUGCCAGAGCUUGAUGAAAAUUAUGAAAGCUGCCUUGGAUUUGGCCAGCAGAAUAUUACAACACUGUUUCACUGUCAUUAGCAGAGAAGUCUGUAACAAAGGGUGAAUUUAAGUAAAUUGGGACAGUUAAAGUGGCCUAAUUUACCCAAAUUCAUCUGAAAAAUAUCUGUCUGUGAUGCCCAGUGCAAGUUAUGCAAGUAGUUACUGAAUCACAAAUCUGUUCAAUAAUUCAAUAAUAUGGCUGGUAGUUUGUAGCAUGCAGCUGCUGUGAUAAGUUGGUUGUACCUGUGCUGUUACUCAGUGGAAUUCUUUAAAUAAUCAACUUUUUUACAACAGAUUAUCGAAUUUCAGUUUCACAAAAAGCACAGGUUUUACAUGUUGUUAUUAUAACACAUCAAGCUGUACAUCUCAUUGAAUUUCUACAGACAUGUUGGUAAAUUUUCCAGUCCGCAUUCCAAAUGAGUGAACCCUUUUUUAACACAUUUUGUUUUAUUUCUAUUAAGUGCACACUUGUUUUGCAUGGAUGUAUUUCAUGAAGGUUUAUAUGAGGUUGAUUUGUUUUUUUCGUUUUGAUUAUCCAAUUCCAAGUGGAAUUUACCAGCAUUGUUUCCUCCAACCACAUGGACAUUAGGUAGACCUGUGUUUAUCAUUUUAUCAUCUUACUUAACAUUAUUCACUGAACAUUACUUGCCAUGUACAUUGACUUAUACCUUUUUUUUUCUUUUUUUUUUUAAUGGCCAACUUGACUUGAUUAUAUGGCACGACAACACUACCAACUCAUUUCACACAUUCAUUUAUA